CAUUAGGGUAACAUUCACAGUAGGGUUUCUCAUCUGUUUAAAUGGUGGCUUUGUGUCGCUUCUUCACACUUUGCCCCCUUGAAGAGCUCUCCCUAGCCUCAGGUUGUUAAAGCUUGAUCUGAGUAUUCAGAAACACUAGCCAAGAUGCAGAACGAAGAGGGACAAAACGUGGAUCUUUACAUCCCCAGGAAAUGCUCUGCUACCAACAGGGUGAUCACUUCGAAAGAUCAUGCUUCUGUUCAACUUAAUGUUGGCCAUUUGGAUGAUAAGGGCUUGUAUAUCCCUGGCAGUUUCACCACUUUUGCUCUCUGCGGUUUCAUCCGUGCUCAGGGUGAUGCUGACAGUGCACUGGAUCGCCUCUGGCAGAAGAAGAAAGUUGAAGCGAGACAACAGUAGAAAAAUAGAUUUGCAAUUUAAGAUUAUCUUAUGAUGGAGGAUUUAUGAUAACUAUUUGAAUUUCAUCUGGGUUUGACACUGUUUUCCCUGCUACAUAUGGGAUAGCUUUUCAUCUUUGGAUAUUUCACUUGCCUUCAUGGUUUUGAUCUCCUUUUCUGUUAAGUUUUAAAAUGACUGGUGGUGAUAUUCC